CGGAUGGGUCGGCGCAUGGGGCGCUGCCGUCAGGGCGGCGCGGCCGCGGGCGGGACCCGCCGGGCCCGGGGCAGGAGCGCGGGGGGAUCCUCGCCCAGAGUGAAGGCUGAGCCCCCCUGGUCCCCCGGCCCCUUCGAUCUGGGGGCGCAGAGCGGCCGCUGGGCCGCCUUCCAGAAGCGGCACGGGCUGAGCUGCGAGGAGGCGGCGCGGCUGCUGCUGGACGCGUAUGAACACAGAGGUUUGGUCAAGCACACAGGAGGCUGUCACUGUGGAGCUGUGCGCUUUGAGGUCUGGGCUUCACCACAUCUGCACGUGUUCAACUGCAAUUGCAGCAUUUGCACAAAGAAACAGAACAGACACUUCAUUGUCCCAGCGUCGCGUUUCAAGCUGCUGCAGGGUGCUGAUAAUUUGACAACAUACACCUUCAACACACACCGUGCCCAGCACACGUUCUGCAAGACCUGUGGUGUCCAGAGCUUUUAUACUCCUCGUUCCAACCCAGAUGGUUAUGGAAUAGCUCCCCAUUGCCUGGAUGAUGGCACCGUGCAGACCAUUGUCACAGAGGAUAUCAAUGGCAAGGAAUGGGAGAAAGCAGUGGGGGAGCAUAAGACCAUCAGAGACAUGUCAAAACCUUGACACAGCCUUCCAGCAACUGAACUUGGAGCAGUGGAAGUGCAGUCUGGGAUUUCCUGGGUGAUGGAUGGUGAAAUCAAUUUCUACACUACUGUUAUCUGUUCUCUGUUUCUUAAAUAAAUCUUUCUAUGUUGAUUGUCUCA